AUGCGCUUCUCCGUCGCCACGUUGGCGGCCUUGGCCCUUGUGGACUAUGCCUCUGCCGAUUUACACUCUCUUGCUGUAGCAGCAGGAAAAAAGUAUUUUGGAACGGCCACGGACAACAACGAACUUUCAGACUCGUCUUACACUGCCAUCACCAACGUCGUGGGGAACUUCGGCCAGAUCACUCCUGGGAAUGGGCAGAAGUGGGACUAUACCGAGCCUACGCAAGGCAAGUUCCAGUACACGUAUGCCGACGUCGUGCCCAACUUCGCGAAAGCAAAUGGCCAGAUCCUCCGCUGCCACACGCUGCUGUACCGCUCCCAGAUUCCUUCCUGGUUGACUGGCGGAUCUUGGAACAAGGCUUCGUUGACGGCCGUCAUCAAGACACAUAUCGAGAACCUGGUUGGCCACUACAAGGGGCAGUGCUACUCUUGGGACGUAGUUAACGAGGCUAUCGACGACUCAGGCAACUACCGCGACACGGUGUUUUACACCGUACUUGGCCUCGAUUAUCUGACGCUCGCUUUUAACACGGCACAUGCUAGCGACCCCGCGGCCAAGCUGUACUACAACGACUACAAUAUCGAGAACCCCAAUGCGAAGCAACAGAAGACGAUUGAGCUAGUCAAGUACGUUCAGGACGCUGGUGCUCCCAUCCAUGGCGUUGGUCUGCAGGGGCACUUUAUCGUUGGCAGCAUGCCAAGCCAAGAGGAUCUCGAGUCCGUCGCCAACUCUUUCACGGCUCUGGGGGUGGAUGUUGCGUACACCGAGGUGGAUGUCAAGUUCACUAGCUUGCCGUAUACCAGCGCCGGUCUCCAGUCCCAGGCUGAGGCCUAUGUUUCUGUGAUCAACGCCUGUCUCAACGUCGAAGGCUGCGUGGGCUGGACUAUCUGGGAUUGGACAGACAAAUACAGCUGGGUGCCAGGCACCUUCCCCGGACAGGGCGGCGCAUGCUUGUUUGACAACAACUUCAACCCCAAGCCGGCAUAUUCUUCUGUUUUCUCUGCUCUCGCUGCUGCUGCCACGAAAGCCUCCUCUACCAAGCCUUCCUCCACGAUUGCUACCACUGCCACUCCCACCAUCACAUCAAAGACUAGCAGCGCCGGCAUAACUUCUUCCGUUAAUGCCUCGAAGACUUCAUCUGUUAUUGCAGUUAACAGCACAUCUGCUGUUCAAGCCACGUCCCUCGGAAACUCCAGCGCCAUCGCGUCCGCCACACCGAUCACUUUCUCUUCUGCCCCAAUCCCGACCUUGAACGCUACGGCGAUCUACCCCAACGGAACGGCCACAGCCACCGGCCCAUCUGGGGCUCUGUCUACAAUCUCUGGUGGCAUUCUUCCGACCAUAACUUCCGGUGCCGGUGUUACAAUCCCUAGCACUGGUGGCGCUACCAACAGUAAUGUCCCUGUCCCGACUCCAAUUGAGAGUGCCGGAGGUGCUGUGACCACGGACGACGGCUACAUCAUCUCCACUGUCUACACCACCAACAUCUACACGGUCACCUCGUGUGCACCCACUGUUACGAACUGCCCUGCCAAUACCGGUAGUCUCACGACUGAAGUUGCUGCCUUCACGACUACUGUUGUGCCAUCGACUACGCCCGCUGCUCUCUCGGCUUCCGUCCCUGUUGCCUCCGCUCCGGUCGGCCCUUGCAAGAGAAAGCAUCGUCGCCGUCGCAGCAAGAAGCGCAACGUUGCCAACCUCUAG